UAUUAUUUGUUUUUACUUUUUGUAAUUUAAUAUUUAUUAUUUAUUGUAGUUAUUCGUUUGCUUGAAAACGCUUUAGCUUUCAUGAUUUACUUUUCUAAAAAUAACUAGUAUCAAUACCAAUAGGCAAUAUUUAUUUCAAUCGUUUCACGGUCACUGUAAAAUGUUCACAAAAAAAAGGGAACGGUGUUGUAGAUUUUGCUUUACAGACCUUUGGCUCGAGCAUACUUUCAUCAAGUGUGCGGCUUCUGUCUGUACUGAGUUAGGAAUUUGUCUUUGCCUUCAAUGUUUUGCAGCUGGUACUGGAGAUUGCGUUCAUAAGAACACCGAUCCUUAUCAAGUUCUGUGUAAUGCCAUCGAAAUUAAUGACCACUUGUGGGCAGCUCAUGAAGAAAUCACAUUACUUGAUACGUUCAUGAAUACCAUGUCAUGGGAAAAAGUUGCUAUAAAACUAGGAAGAACACCUAAAGAAUGUGAAUGCCAUUAUUUUGAGAAUUAUGUAUUUGAUCCAAAAAUUAAAGGUUUAGAAGAUGUGAACAAAAAUGCAUUUAAAUUUGAUAGAUUUGAUGAAGUGAAUACAAAUGAAACCAAAGUGUUGGGCAAUACACUGGAUUCAGAAGAAUCAUAUCAUCAAUAUGAAUUAGCUAUUCGUUUAGCUGGCUAUCAACCAGCACGCGGAUCAUUUGAAGAAGAAUAUGAUAAUCAAGCUGAAUGUAUUUUGCAAUUAUUGAAUGAACCGUUAUGGAUUGAUCAGACGUCUAAAACUAUUUUAGAAUCAAAUGUAUUAUACCAACAGCUGAAUACAACCAUUUUAGACAUUUUUUAUGAGAGGCUGAAUGAACGAUAUAGAAGAAGACAAAUUAUUAAAGACUAUGGACUUAUUGCAUUCAAUAAACAUCAACUAUGGAUUAAAUCUUUAGAGAUAAUAUUGGGUCCAGAAAUGAUGCAAAAGUUAAUUCGUUAUUUACACCUUAUAAAACCAUUAGCUUUUGAUUUCCUUGUUACUAAUCUUACACAAGAACAUGAAUUAUUAUCAAAAAUUCAUAAGCUUAUUGAGUAUCGUAAAAACGGUUUAACUAGGAUGGCUCAAAUUAAUAUUUAUAAAGAAUUAAGUGCCAAAAGAGAAAAAUAUUUAAAAAUAAGGCCAUUAGGAUCAUCAACAUUCAGAAUUAUUGAAAGCUCAAAGCCUCGUAUGAAUGUUUGUAAUCUUCCAGGUUUCCAAAAACUUGAUUAUGACGAGAGAGAACUUUGUGCACAGAUUAAAAUGCUACCUGAAUCAUAUUUAAAAUUUAAAGAAUUACUUAUUAAUGAGUGUGAAAAAUCAAAAGGUAUAAUUUUAAAAACUGCAAGAAGUUUGGUUAAAAUUGAUGUUAACAAAACAAGGAAAAUUUACAACUUAUUAAUGAGUAAAAAUAUUAUAUGGCAACAUUCCCAAGACUGA